AUGUCUGCUGUGGAUGCUGUCCUGGCAAAUCCUCUCCGAGCCGCUUUGGACUCUCUGUCUGAACCUAGGAGGGUCCCCCCUGCCUUUUUAUCGGCGCACAUCACGGUCAUUCAUAAGGACGGCAAAGACCCCACGGACUGUGCCAGUUACCGCCCUAUUUUGUUACUAAACCUAGAUACUAAGAUUCACGUGAAGAUCCUGGCCUCCAGGUUAUCCCCCCUACUCUCGGACUUGAUCGGCCCGGACCAGGGGGUCUAUCAAAAUAAUGUAACUUAUAUUGUACUAACAGGUUUUCCAAAUCUAAAACACAUUAAAAUUCUAUUUUUCUUGGUGCUUGUUUUCAUAUAUUGUGUUACUAUUUCUGGAAAUCUUGUUAUUGUGAUUUUAUAUCAUCUGAGUAAAACACUUCAGUCUCCCAUGUACCUCUUCAUCACCCAACUAUCAUUGUUUGAUAUAAUUCUGUCUACAGAUAUUCUUCCCAACCUUCUUUAUAUCAUCUUACAUGAUGGAUGCACCAUGUCUCUUGCUGGAUGUAUCAUCCAGUUUUCGUUCUUUGCCCAUGCUGAGGCCUCAGAGUGUUUUCUACUGACUGUGAUGUCCUAUGACCGGUAUUUGGCUAUUUGUAAGCCCCUGCAUUACAACUCUAUAAUGAACCAAUCUAUUUGCAUUAAAUUAGUGAUUAUUAUUUGGUUACUGGGUUUCAAAAUGACAUUGGUUAAUUCUAUGUCUUUGUGCAGUUUAUACUAUUGCGGACCAAACAUCAUUCAUCACUUCUUCUGUGACUAUCUACAAAUAAUUGAGCUUUCCUGCUCCGAUACUUCAUGGAUUCAUAUUCAGACCUAUCUAGUAGGGCUCAUCUGUGUCAUAGCACCUUUUAUUAUAAUUGUUAUAUCUUAUAUCUGUAUUGUUAUAACCAUCCUCAAAAUUAAAUCCAAUACAGGAAGAAAGAAAGCCUUCACCACCUGCAGCUCUCACUUGACCGUAGUUUGCAUUUUUUUUGGGACACUAAUUGCUGUGUAUAUGUUUCCAACAAAAGGACAACUAGAUAUUCUAAGCAAGGUCCUCUCUCUCUUUUACACUAUAAUGACUCCGUUGCUCAAUCCGAUCAUAUACACCUUCAGGAACAAGGACUUUAAAAAAGCUAUUGAAAAAAUUAAAUAAAAAUAAAUAAAAGUUUUUCAACAAGGCGCAAUAUCAAUGAU